UAGAACUAAUCAGUAACAUUGGUAUUUUGCAGUGUGGCACUAUCAUUCAGAUGGCACAAGAAGGAGAGACAGCCAUCAAGUUCGGAUGGAUCAAAGGUGUUCUUGUGCGCAAUUUGCUUAACAUCUGGGGAGUCAUGCUCUUCUUACGUCUGUCCUGGGUGGUUGGUCAAGCUGGCAUUGCGGAGGGAAUUUUUCUAAUUUUAUCUACUUCAGUGGUGACAGGUAUCACAGCUCUAUCAAUGUCGGCUAUUUGCACAAAUGGACUCAUUAAAGGAGGGGGAACGUAUUUCCUGAUAUCAAGAUCACUGGGUCCUGAGUUUGGAGCUUCAAUUGGUCUCAUCUUCUCUCUGGCCAAUGCUGUUGCGUGUGCCAUGUACACAGUGGGCUUCUGCGAGUCUUUCUUAGACCUAAUGAAGAUAUUUGAGAUACAGAUAAUUGAUGGAGGCAUACAAGAUAUGCGUAUUAUUGGCUGCAUCACAAUUUUACUUCUCCUUUGUAUAGUUGUGAUUGGUAUGGAGUGGGAAGCUAAGACUCAAAUGGGGCUGCUGGUUGUGUUGCUGAUUGCAAUUGCUGAUUUCUUUCUUGGUGCUCUGAUGGGGCCACAGAACAAUGAAGCUAGAGCUAAAGGUUUUCUUGGGUUCAAUACCAAAACAGUUACAGAAAAUUUAUUUUCUGACUACAGACAAGUGAAAAAUGUACAACAUGACUUCUUUUCUGUCUUUGCUGUAUUCUUCCCUGCUGCCUCAGGAUUUUUGGCUGGCGCUAACAUUUCUGGUGACUUGCGUGACCCUCAAGGAGCUUUGCCUAAGGGUACAAUCCUAUCUAUCAUCAUCACGUCUGUGUCAUACGUGACAAUGGCCUUUGUGGCGGGAUCCUGCGUGUUGAGGGAUGCCAGUGGUGAUGUUAAUGAGUACCUCAAUGGCACUUUUACUGAUUGUUCCCAGCGAACAUGUGAUUAUGGUCUGCAAAACAAUUUUCAGGUGAUGGAACUGGUCUCAGCAUUUGGUCCUCUUAUUUAUGCUGGUUGUUUUGCAGCAACUCUUUCGUCAGCUCUUGCCAGCCUUGUCUCAGCACCAAAAGUGUUCCAAGCAUUAUGUAAAGAUAAAUUGUAUCCAUAUGUAGAAUUUUUUGGAAAAGGAUAUGGGAAAAAUGGUGAACCCAUUCGAGGAUACAUUUUGACAUUCUUUAUUGCAAUUUGUUUGAUUUUAGUAGGAGAAUUGAAUGCAAUAGCACCUUUUAUCUCAAAUUUCUUUCUUGCUGCAUAUGCACUUAUUAACUUUAGUACUUUUCAUGCUUCACUGAUCAAACCAGUUGGUUGGAGACCUAAAUUUAAGUACUACAACCAGUGGCUCAGUCUGUUGGGAGCAGCAUUGUGUUGUGCAGUCAUGUUCCUAAUCUCCUGGUGGACUGCCUUGUUCACUCUCACUGCUGUAUUAACUCUGUACCUGAUCGUGGCCUACAGAAAACCAGAUGUAAACUGGGGCUCAAGUACUCAGGCUCAAAUUUACAAUAACGCCUUGGCUUCUGUCCACCAAUUGAACCGUGUUGAGGACCACGUCAAGAACUACAGACCACAAAUCUUGGUCUUCUCAGGGCUCCCAAGUACUCGGCCUCCACUCAUUGAUUUUGCUCAGCUUAUCACUAAAAACACUUCACUUUUAACUUGUGGAAACAUAAUAAAGGUGCCAGUAACACAGAGAGUCCACAAAACUCUGACCAGUAAGGCACAUAGCUGGCUCAGAAGUCACAAGAUCAAAGGCUUCUACACUCACAUCGAUGGUUGCUCAUUCCAAGAGGGAAGUAGAGCUCUUAUGGCUGCUUGUGGACUUGGAAAACUGAAGCCUAAUAUUGUACUGCUGGGGUAUAAAUCUGACUGGAGAACUUGUGAACACAAUGAGUUGACUAUGUAUUUUAGUGUAAUGCAUAAGGCUCUUGAUCUGAACCUUGCUGUUGCUAUUCUUCGAGUUCAGGAAGGACUGGAUUACUCAAAGGUCAUUGCAGACGAACUGGACAGUUGUGAUUUAAAUGGACUUGGAGAUUCUAUAAGUCCUAUCAAGUUGGCUUUUAAAGAUUUGCAACGGGAGCAGAGUUUCUCAGAAAUAUCUCAAGCCAGCAGCUGCAGUGAGCUUUCUUCCCCUUCUGAUCCUGUCACCCCUAAGGAUAUGGGAAAAAUGGGUGAACCAUUCGAGGAUACAUUUUUGACAUUCUUUAUUGCAAUUUGUUUGAUUUUAGUAGGAGAAUUGAAUGCAAUAGCACCUUUUAUCUCAAAUUUCUUUCUUGCUGCAUAUGCACUUAUUAACUUUAGUACUUUUCAUGCUUCACUGAUCAAACCAGUUGGUUGGAGACCUAAAUUUAAGUACUACAACCAGUGGCUCAGUCUGUUGGGAGCAGCAUUGUGUUGUGCAGUCAUGUUCCUAAUCUCCUGGUGGACUGCCUUGUUCACUCUCACUGCUGUAUUAACUUUGUACCUGAUCGUGGCCUACAGAAAACCAGAUGUAAACUGGGGCUCAAGUACUCAGGCUCAAAUUUACAAUAACGCCUUGGCUUCUGUCCACCAAUUGAACCGUGUUGAGGACCACGUCAAGAACUACAGACCACAAAUCUUGGUCUUCUCAGGGCUCCCAAGUACUCGCCCUCCACUCAUUGAUUUUGCUCAGCUUAUCACUAAAAACACUUCACUAUUAACUUGUGGAAACAUAAUAAAGGUGCCAGUAACACAGAGAGUCCACAAAACUCUGACCAGUAAGGCACAUAGCUGGCUCAGAAGUCACAAGAUCAAAGGCUUCUACACUCACAUCGAUGGUUGCUCAUUCCAAGAGGGAAGUAGAGCUCUUAUGGCUGCUUGUGGACUUGGAAAACUGAAGCCUAAUAUUGUACUGCUGGGGUAUAAAUCUGACUGGAGAACUUGUGAACACAAUGAGUUGACUAUGUAUUUUAGUGUAAUGCAUAAGGCUCUUGAUCUGAACCUUGCUGUUGCUAUUCUUCGAGUUCAGGAAGGACUGGAUUACUCAAAGGUCAUUGCAGACGAACUGGACAGUUGUGAUUUAAAUGGACUUGGAGAUUCUAUAAGUCCUAUCAAGUUGGCUUUUAAAGAUUUGCAACGGGAGCAGAGUUUCUCAGAAAUAUCUCAAGCCAGUAGCUGCAGUGAGCUUUCUUCCCCUUCUGAUCCUGUCACCCCUAAGGUCAAGCCCAAACGACAGUCUGAUCUCCGAAAAUUCAGACGGGAUCCAAAACAUGAUUUUUACAGAGGGAUAAAUGGAACUGAUUUGUCAAAGAAUGUUCUUAAUAACUUGACACAAUUCCAAAGAAAACAAAAGAAGGGAACCAUAGAUGUUUGGUGGUUGUACGAUGAUGGUGGCCUCACGUUGUUGCUGCCAUAUAUAAUCUCGACACGCAGGAACUGGGCCGAUUGCAAACUCAGAGUGUUCACAAUCGCUAAUAAGAAAGAUGAGCUUCAGUUUGAGCAGAGAAACAUGGCCAGCCUCCUGGCGAAGUUUAGAAUUGAUUACUCAGACCUGAAAGUUAUACCAGACAUCACAAAAAAACCCCGUGAAGAAACUGUCUCAUACUUUGAAGACCUUAUUCGAGAUAUAAAGAUUGCAGAUGAUUGUAAAGGUUCAACAUCAAUAAGUGAGUCUGAGCUGCUUGGGAUGAAGGACAAGACGAAUCGCCAUCUUCGACUCAGAGAACUUCUUCUUGAGAAUUCAUCCACUGCAAACUUAAUUGUCAUGACACUACCAAUACCCACAAAAGAGGUUUUGACGGCAACAUUGUACAUGGCUUGGCUGGAGACACUCAGCAAAGACAUGCCUCCAUUUCUACUAGUAAGAGGCAAUCAACAGUCAGUGCUCACCUUCUACUCCUAGGUUCAUCCUCUCACUGCUGUCUUCUGGAAGGUCUCCAUUCAAACGCAUAUAAUGUAAAAGUUGUGGAUAAAAUUCUUUAUAUCUAAUUUUAAUAACAAAUAAUCAGGCACCAAAAAUUGAUUUUCAAAAACAUAAACAGUAUCUAAUAAAGAGCAUACAUAAUUCAUAUAAAGUUUUAAUGAAUUAAAGUGUAAAAUUAUGGUUCAGGAUUUACAAAUGUGGACUUCUGUAUUGAUUGUAACUAAUCAACUUGUUUCAAUAUGAGGUGAGUUUGUGAUAUUAUUAUGUUUUAAUGUUAACAUAAAAAGCUUGAAGUACAAAGUUUGCUUGCAAACAGGGUAUUAUAUUUUUAUCAUGUAUACUGAUAUUAAAAUAAUGAAAGUGAACUAAGGUAAAAGGAUCGACUGUAAAUCUUCUUGUAAAAGAGUCUGAAGGAUGAGAGUAAUAUUAGAAAUGGGAGCAAAAGUUAGAUAAUUAUUUUUAUAGGAAUAUUUUGAAUAAAUAAUUAUUAUUGGA